UUUUUUUACUGUUCAUUCAUUACUCGGUAACAUUCCUCGCGCCCAUCAUUCCAUUCUGUGCCGAUGAAGUUCUCUCAUCAGCUUCAAUUCAACGUAGUACCCGAAUGGGCUGCUUAUUAUCUUGCUUACUCGAACCUAAAGAAAAUCAUCUAUCAGAUCGAGAAAGAUCUGGUUAAUCAAGCCGAUAUCGAAUAUGGUUUUCGACAGCAGGAGCCUAAUGAAACUACACGGCUACUCUCUUCAACUCCAGGACGUCCAGUUGCUGCAAUUGCAACCACUAAUAAUGCAAAAGCCUAUGUCAACAAUAUGUUCCUACCAGCGGUUGAUAAAGAGCUUGAUCGGAUCGUAACGUUUUACUACAAAAAAGAGCGUGAAUUAUAUACAGCUGUUGAAGCUCUUGCAUCGGACGUGCAGUAUGUAGAAAACGUUGAACACACGUUUGCAGCUAGAGACUUCGAUGGCGGGUACGUCCCGCGCAGGAGGUCCUCAACGGCAGCAAGUAGUAUCAAACGGCCAAGGUCUCGUCGUGACAGCAGAUCCAGUCGUCGAUCAAACAAUCAGACUCGAUCUGGCAGCUGGAGUUACGAUGCGGCAUUAGCAUUGGCAAAUGAGGCAUCCAUUCAGAAUGCUGCAGCACAAGCCGCACAUACCGAAGUUAAUCGAGACUCGGACAUCGAUACAAACUCUGAACCCUCCGUGGCCACAAGACACAUUAUUGGAUCGGCUUCUGACGCCACAGCAGUGAACCAGGAACAGCAUCAUCGAAGCCGCCACGAUGAUGACGACGACGACGAUGAUGAUGAUGACGACGACGAUAUGAAGGGUCUGUGGCUGGAACCAGAGAUGGAGGAAGACCGAAUGCGAUUUCGACAUAAUUGUAUCGAGAUGUUUGUCAACCUUUCUGAAUUACAGGCGUAUGUCAAGCUGAAUUGCACAGGAUUUUCAAAGAUUCUUAAGAAAUUCGACAAAAUUUCGGAUAACAAUACGAGGACCAUUUACAUGAAUCAGGUUGUACUCCAGGCGUAUCCAUUCAAGCCAGAAACUACGGCCAAACUUCAGGAGCAGAUCCAUCGAGUUUGUGAAAUCUAUGCGAGAAUUUUUGCGGAUGGUGACGUAGAGGUUGCGAAACGAUCGUUAAGGAUGCAUCUGAAGGAACACAUGGUCUGGGAGCGCAAUACAAUCUGGAGAGAUAUGAUCAGUCAAGAGCGAAAGAGCCAGGCAGUUGCUGUUCGCCCAUCUUCUGAGCUUGAGCGAGGACCUGUUGUCCUUCAUACACUGUUGGGUGAUUUCAAACUGCCGUUGUUCCUGACUCGCAAUGUGAUUGUGAUGAUGCUGUGCUGCAUUGUUUUCUUCGUGCUUUUGAAUGUCAAUAUCUUUGAUGAGCCAGAACAAAGAAACUGCUUUGCUAUCCUCAUCUUUGCUUCUCUCCUAUGGGCUACCGAGGCUAUGCCGCUGUUCGUCACAUCUCUUCUGAUCCCAUUACUGGUGGUUAUGCUCCGUGUUAUGAGGACUGAUGAUGCAGAUCAUACCCGUUUGAGCACACAGGCUACUGCAAAGAAGAUUUUCUCGCUCAUGUUUUCGCCAGUGGUCAUGCUGCUUCUUGGGGGAUUUGCUAUUGCGGCAGCCAUGAGUAAAUUUCACAUCGCCAAAGCCAUGGCAACUGUUGUUUUGUCUAAGGCGGGCACUCGCCCUAGUGCAGUACUCCUUGCCAACAUGUUCGUUGCUACGGUGCUAAGCAUGUGGAUCAGCAAUGUUGCUGCUCCUGUAUUAUGUUUUUCUCUUAUCCAGCCUAUUCUACGUACUUUACCACCUGGUUCUUCUUUUGGAAAAUGUCUUAUUCUUGGGAUCGCUCUCGCUUCUAAUGUAGGCGGAAUGGCAUCACCUAUUAGCUCGCCGCAGAACAUUAUUGCUAUCGAGUACAUGGAUCCUGCACCGAGCUGGCUUGAGUGGUUUUUGAUAGCGCUUCCUGUGUGUCUGGUUUGCGAUCUUGCGGUUGCAGCGAUCUUGCUAUGGACAUACGAGCCAUCUUCCAACACACCCACCAUCAGCACGAUCCGUUCCACAAAGGACCCUAUUACCAAGACACAAAUCUUUGUCUGCGUUGUCACACUGCUGACAAUCAUCCUGUGGUGCUUUGAGCAUCGUCUGGAAUGGCUCUUUGGUGACAUGGGCUUGAUUGCGAUUAUUCCACUUCUAGCAUUCUUUGGAACGGGCAUCCUCACCAAAGAAGAUUUCAACAAUUUUUUGUGGACAGUCAUUAUUCUUGCUAUGGGAGGCAUUGCGCUUGGAAAGGCUGUCGAAUCGUCAGGUCUAUUGCAUAUGAUUGCAGCCCAAGUCCAAGAAUAUGUUAGUGAUAUGACAACGUUCCAAGUGUGCUGCGUCUUUGCAUCGUUGGUCCUCGUAGCAGCUACAUUUAUCUCGCAUACAGUCGGUGCCUUGAUCAUUCUUCCCAUUGUUGCGCAAGUUGGCGCUACUCUGCCUGAUCCUCAUCCGCGCUUACUCGUCAUGGCAGCUGCGCUGAUGUGUUCAGGGGCAAUGGGCCUUCCGGUAUCAGGCUUCCCAAAUAUGAACGCCAUUAUGAUGGAGGACGAGAUGGGACAACGCUACCUUGGCACAAUCGAUUUUGUGAAGGUCGGCAUUCCUUCUAGCGUUGUAGCGUGCGUAACAAUUGUGACCGUUGGUUAUGUUCUGAUGUCUAUUCUUGGCUGGUGAUGGAAGAAGACGUCUAUGGGUGCUAUUGUGUUC